GAUUUGGAAAGUGUCUUGAGGGAAGAACUCAGUUUGGAAAUUCAAACCUUGCAGAGAAGCCAAGCGAAAAGCUCAUGGAAUGUCCCACAGGAACCAAGCCAAAUGUCACUUCAGUUUGAAACCGCAGACACUAGCGGCUUCACCGCCCAUCAAGCAAUGCCAGCAACUCGACCUAUCAUGUCUCCAGUUCCUCCCAACUAUACGACCUCUCCUAUAGUUUACGAUUCAACAGAAAACGCCGCUCCGCCAACUUCGCUUAGAGGUCUUGCAACACAACAGCCACAAGCACCUUUAUCGUACCUGUCUACAACAAAUGUUAAAUAUAGCAUUGAAGGUCCAAUAGUAUCCGAGGUUGCUCGCGACAUAGAAACUCAGAACAGAGGAGAAUCGAGUGCCCCCAUGGAUACUGAAAUAAAUAGAAUAUUAGCUCGCAUUGAACAAGAUAACCGAAUUCUAGCCGAACUUGAAAAAUCCAGAGCAACCGUUGAUUUACCUCUUCUUCCUGUUUCCUCUGACACCCCGAGAGGAGAAAUGAGCAUCAGAGAACGAAAUCUUUCUCUGCCUUCAAAACAGUCCGUAUCUAGACAAGAAUUAGAACAGCUUAUGGCAAAAUUAGAACAAGAUAAUAGAAUAUUAGCUGAACUGGAUAAAAAAAGAAACAUUUUAGAAACUCUAAGUUCCAAGUCAUCAUCUUUCCUGGCCGGUCAUCUUCCUAUCAUGCCUUCACCCAGCCCAUCGUUAGGUAGUUUACGAGAUCCUUCAGCCUCUCUCGCAUUGCAAGGGCUUACUGCUUCAGCUUCAUCUGCAUCGCUCCAUCAUGCCCUAGUACCCGCUGGGCAUACCCUCAUACCGACAGCUCUUUUGCAGAGACUCGCGCCCGCAGAAGCUGGACUUACUGAAGAAGAAAUGCUGGAUUCCAUUGACUUUAUUGAGCUGCCAGGAAGGGGUCGCUGCAACAUCUAUUGCGCACGCUACACUUAUGAUCCUCUGAAACAGUCACCAAAUGAAAAUCCUGAAGCUGAACUGGCGUUAAAUGCUGGAGAUUAUGUCAUCAUAUAUGGCGAAAUGGACGAGGAUGGUUUUUUCAACGGUGAACUUUUGGAUGGAAGGAAAGGAUUGGUACCUUCGAAUUUUGUUGAGAAGCUCACAGGAGAAGAAUUAUUUGAAUUUCAUGCAACUGUCCUGUACGGAAACAGAGAUUCAGAUGAUAGCAGCGUGAGUUUUAGUUAUGCUCAAGACAUGGAAAUGACCGUUUCAGAUGAUCUUCUGCACCCAGAUGAUUUUCACCGAAUGAAUGAUUACGUUGAUUUAGAAGAUAUUGAAGAUAUGGAUAAAGAUAACGAAGACAAUGAAGUUGUAAAAGAUGAUGAAAACUUCGAAAGAGGAGUACCUCCACCUCAGCGCUUGAUUCUGGAACGUCAAAUGAACAAAAGUCUUCUCAUCGGCUGGGUACCACCAGAUGUGAAACCAGGCAAAAUUGAAGGUUAUCAUGUUUAUGUUGAUGGGGUUCCUAAGGCAACGAUUAAAUUCUCUGAAAGAACAAGAGCAUUGAUAGAAGGAGUUGAUUCUUCAAGACCUCAUCGUAUAAGUGUCCGUUCCAUUUCAAACACUGGUUUGCAUUCCAAAGACGCUGCCUGUACCAUAGUUGUAGGAAAAGACUUCCCAUUGGCUCCAACUUGUGUUAAAGCUUCUCACAUCACUGCCUCAUCGGCACUUAUUAGUUGGCUUCCCAGUAACAGCAAUUUUCAACAUGUUAUUGCUGUAAACAGUGUUGAAGUCAAAGUUGUUAAACCAGGUUGUUUUCGACAUCUUGUAACAGGUCUCUCUCCAAAUACUCUAUAUCGAGUGUCUGUCAGAGUUAAACCUGGAAAACUUUUGUAUAAUGAUGAAAAGAAUCCAAAGAAAUUAGAGAUGUUAGUUAGUAACGUGGAAUUCAGAACUCUUCCUAAAGGUCUUCCAGAUCCACCUGUUAAUGUUCAGGUGGAACAGGGUCCGCAAGACGGAACAUUAUUAGUCACAUGGAUGCCUGUCAUUACAAGUUCGGUUUCGACAUCCAUAGCACCGGUUAUAGGGUAUGGAGUGUUUGCUGCAGGAAGACAAAUUGCAGAGGUUGAAAGCCCCACAGGCGAUCAUGCCCUGAUUGAUGGUUCUCAACUAUUAGCAAUGAACAAAAAGUGCAUUACAGUCAAGAGUAAAUCUUCAGAAGGUUUUUCGAGUGAUUCUCAAAUCUGCGUAGUUCCAAAUGAGCUCCUGAGGAGUAUGCAAAAGAGUGUGAUCCUGAGAGGCCGGAUGUUCGACGAACGGACGCCACGCGAGAGGCGUAGCUCGAGCUCGGAUUCCGAAUCAGACACUGAGCUUACAGAGUUGCUCAACCACGUUAACCGCAGAGCUCGAGCAUUUGAUCCAUUGGAUUCACCCUUCUCAUCAUCCAAGGGAGAUGUCUUAGAAGAAUUGCAGAUAGAAGGACGCUCCGAAUUGUCGGACAUAGUCGAGGAAGAGGAAGAAACUUCAAUGGAUGCGGGAGAGAAUAAAUCCAGGAUGCUGUGUAAAGUCGAGAGCAUCAGUGAAGCCGAUGGCAUGAAAGCUGAUGAAGUCGAAAAGCAUAGGACAGAUACUCAGGAAUAUCAGUCAAAACCCCUUCACACCGUCCGAAGACCUAAUCAAAAUCUGCUAGCAUCUCAAGUACCUAACCAAAGACGGCAAGAUUGGAAAGAUCAGUCUUACAACAGUCGAAGCAUGCUUGCUGAAGAUGACAAUGGAAUAAUGGAUUCACGGAGUCGAAGAGAACAUAGGAAUUCUUCAGGACAAAUUGUUUUAGAUCCUGAAGAGAAUUUAAGUGACAAAGAGAUUUAUCCACCUUCUCGAGCUAAUAUUCCAUUGAUAGCUGUCAAGGAUGGUCAUCAUAAUUACAAGAUAACGAAAGACGGCACGAGAGAAGGCGAUUGCGACCCGGCAUAUUCUGAUGAUGAAUAUAUUCCUAGGCAGCCACUUAACCAAAGGCCAUCCUCCCCGGAGAGGUAUGCGCCAUCAUCCUCACAACAGAGGCCAUUACGCACUGAACCGGAUGCUCACCAUACAUCUAAUUCACGAUCAAACAGGGGACCACAAUCUCAUUAUUCACAACAGCAUCCUCAUCGGGAAAGAUCAUCGCCAAGACGACAGCCUCACGAUUCAACCAUCACUCGAUCUCAGCCAACACCAUCUAAUCAGAUAGUCACAGGAAGGCAGCGAGUUCCUCCUCAACCCGAUCAAAAUCGAAGGAGUUCGAGGAAUAAUUCACAAGCCCAUGUUUCUUCACGAAGUAGUAGUCAGCCACCACCUCCUGAAAGAGGGGCAGAUCAUUCUUAUUACAGCGAGCGAAGAAGUGGCAAAAGUGGAAGUAAUGUCCCACCACCCUCCAGCAGGAGGAUGUCUGAUUACCAUGAGCCGACUUCAGGGUAUGAAGAUCAGGGAAAUUACGAUUCAUACAGAAGUCAUGGAGAUGUGGGAGACAAUAGGGUGAGAUAUUUUGUGGCCCUCUUUGAUUACGAUCCGCAAACAAUGUCACCUAAUCCUGAUGCCGCGGAUGAAGAACUGCCUUUCCAAGAAGGACAAAUAAUAAAGAUAUACGGUGAUAAAGACCCUGAUGGUUUCUACAGAGGUGAGUCAAAUGGUAGAGUUGGCCUCGUCCCAGGAAAUAUGGUUUCGGAGGUUCAAGUUGAUGUAGACCUGGGUCAUUACAACGACAAUGUGUCAAGACCACGAUCAUUGGGCCAUAUGGAAUUAGAUGAAAGAGAUAAUGAUUUUCAGUCAAGGAGAAUAAAAAAGAUGGUAGCUAUAUACGAUUACGAUCCACAGGAAAUAUCUCCCAAUGUAGAUUCUGAGGUGGAACUAUCUUUCAACACUGGAGAUAUCAUUUAUGUUAUUGGAGAUGUAGAUGAGGAUGGAUUUUAUAUGGGAGAAUUAAAAGGAGUGAAAGGUCUGGUGCCCUCGAAUUUCCUGAGAGAAGUUCCACUAGAUGAAGAAGACAAACGGCCAAUCGGAAGCCGGCCCAAAGGUCAGGGGCGAAGCUAUUUAGGCCGAGCAGACUGUCAGUGGAAUGGCCAACCCGAGAGGACUACCAACACUCUAAAAAUGCAACGGAGACAAUGGGACAUGGAAGAGUUUCCGAGAAAUCACAUUACGUACGCAAUGCUGAACAUGAGGGAAUUGGAAUCUCCUCAGAUUAUGCAUCACCCACCACACUAUGGGAGGAACGGGAUUUCGAAAGAGAAGCAGCACUUCGAGGACCACAUAUACCCCCUAGAGGACAAAGAAUGUCCCACCCACAAGCAUUUUCAGGACCCUCCCCAGUUGAGAAACAUUGGUAACAGGCCUACCUAUCUUCAUCUUCAAGCUGGUAUCAGGAAUUACUCAAGUGACCAGAGAAGGAGAUCUGCACCAGACAUUCAAAUACAAGUCGAUUCACCGCUAAAAGACAGUCGCAAGGGGAUAUUUUCUUCAUUUAAAGACAUGUUUAAAGGUCCAAAGAGAAACUGAUUUUUUCAACACAUUUCACUGAUAGUGCUUUAUCAAUUCAGAAACUAACUGGAUUAUGCCAUAAUUUUUUUCAUUGUUUAAAAAAUCCUUCAAAGGGCCCUUUCAAAAAAAAAUUUCAAAAUUACCUGAAAUUUAUUAAUUGUUCAUAUUUUUUAUAAACUUAUUAAUAUAUCUGGGUAAAUAAUAAAUCAAAAAUAUAUUAUUUUUUUCCAUAUUUAUUGUACUUUAGAAAAUUAUUAUUUGCGUAAUAAAUAAAUGAACCACAAUGAAUUUUUAUUUUUAUUUGUGUAUUAAAUUCACGACAAGGUACUCUAAUAAAGAUCGAAUUUUUAGAAUAAAUAUAUAAAAUAUAAUUAUAAUACAGAAUGCGAUUCUUUUAAAUAAA